UUCCUUUCCCCUCUCCCUAUCGCCCGCUGCACGACUGGCUCGUCGACAGCUGUUCCUUUCUUUCGACACAUCCUACACAUCCACAUCAACCACUACAAUGUCGAAAAGAUCCGCCGACGCCGCCGACGAGCAGUCCGCCGCGCUCAAGGCCGGUGAGCGCCCGAUCACCGAAUAUCCUGCCGACGAGGUUGGUGAAUUCGAGGACGAGUACGAGGACGAGUUCGAGAGUGAGGAUGAGAUCCUUGAGGCUGGUGUGGACGGUCGCCCCGAUGCGGAACGUGAGGAGGAAGAAAGAGAAGCUAUGGAUGUCGACAAGCAGACCUUCAUUCCGGGAAGAACGAAGCUUGCGCCCGGAGAGGUCCUGUCCCCCGACCCGACCACGUACAACAUGCUUCACACCCUCAGCACACCUUGGCCCUGUCUGUCGUUCGAUAUUGUCCGCGACAACCUGGGCGACAACCGCAAGACAUACCCCGCGACCGUCUACGCUGUCGCGGGUACACAAGCCGAGGGCAAGCGCGCCAAGGAGAAUGAGCUGAUGGUCCUGAAGCUGAGCGGCUUGAGCAAGAUGGAGAGGGAUAAUGAGACCGACUCUGAGAGCGACUCGGAUUCUGAUGACGACAGCGAGGCCAUCCUCGAGCACAAGAGCAUCCCUCUCGGCUCCACCACCAAUCGCAUUCGCGCUCACCAGACCCCCAACCAGUCGGGCGAUUACUCCAAGCCCCCCCAGACCAUCACCGCCACCAUGCUCGAGAACUCGCAAGUUGUUAUUCACGACGUUACCCCCCAUCUCACCAGCUUCGAUGUUCCCGGUACUAUCCUCCCUCCCUCAGCAAACAAGCCUCUGUCUACCUUGCGCAUGCACAAGUCGGAAGGUUACGCUCUUGACUGGUCUCCGCUGCAGCCCCUUGGCAAGUUGUUGACCGGCGAUAACGACGGCCUGAUCUACGUUACUACUCGUACGGAGGGAGGCGGCUGGGUCACGGACACCCGUCCCUUCACUGGCCACAAGUCUUCCGUCGAAGAGCUUCAGUGGUCCCCGAACGAGAAGAACGUCUUCGCCUCCGCCAGCAGUGACGGAACAGUCAAGGUCUGGGAUGUCCGGUCCAAGUCGCGCAAGCCGGCUGUGAACGUGCAGGUUUCAAACACCGACGUCAACGUCAUGAGCUGGUCGAACCAGACUUUCCACCUGCUCGCAACGGGCGCUGAUGACGGCCAAUGGGCUGUCUGGGAUUUGAGACACUGGAAGCCCAGCGCCACCUCCGCCGCGACCAAGGCUUCUCCGGUGGCAUCUUUCGAUUUCCACCGGGAGCCCAUCACGAGUAUCGAGUGGCACCCUACCGACGACAGCGUUGUUGCGGUCGGUUCUGCCGACAAUACUGUUACGCUCUGGGAUUUGGCCGUUGAGUUGGAUGAAGAGGAGAACCGUGAUGCCGCCAUGCAAGAGGUUCCCCCGCAGUUGUUGUUCGUUCACUACAUGGACUCGGUCAAGGAGGUACACUGGCAGGCCCAGAUGCCUGGCACCAUCAUGGCUACCGGUGGCGGUGGAUUUGGUGUCUUCAAGACGAUCAGCGUUUAAUUGAGGAUUACAAAAGUUCGACGAUAGCAUACAGGCAGUUGGAGUUGCGAUUAUACCACUUUCCAUGACGUUCAGUACUUGAUGAAUUAGAAUCAAUGAUGGCC